AUGGCACUUAAACAGGAGAGAAUGCUAAGCUUCGGCGUUGAACUGGAGUUUUACAUUUUCUGGAGCAUCAAAGGCGAGGAAAUAACGUCCCGGCCUCAAGGCUUCGAAUCCCAUCCUGGUGCCCCGCUAAUUGUCGACAAGUAUGACACGAUCCACGACAUAUUUGAACCUCUACUAGCAAGCGUCAGAGAGUUACUACAAGGUUCCCCGGAAGCAACAGUAGGUGCCACGGAGAAGCGGCUGGGUAAUGCAUUUUCUUACACAGCUACGAAUGAACGAUCCGGAUGGGUUGGAGUCGAGCUUGUCUCACCCGCGCUAUGGACUACGAACGAGGGUUUCAAUGAAGUCCGCCGGGUGUGUGAGUUCCUACAAAGCACCUUUUGGAUUUCUACCCCAGAACAUUGUGGCCUUCAUAUACACGUAGGACAAGGGAACGAUUGGUUGCCGAUUAUAUUUCUACGUCAAAUCGCAGCCUUCCUUUACGCGGCUGAUCCAAUCUUGGCGCAUUCUUAUCCCGAACACAGACUCUCUGGAAGUAGACGAAAGGAAGACGGACUUCUCAAGUCCAUCUUUGGACUCUUUCGAAAAAGGGUUGCAGAAGCUCGAAUAGAGGAUAAAUUUCCCCGCCGACCUACCACGAUAAGUUAUAUGUUCAACAGUGACACCCUACAAUCGGCUAUAACAUACAUUAAAAAUUUUCAUAAUGUAAAACAGAGCUUAGAAGACUUCACACCCGCCCCAAUGAUGGAGGCAGUUUCGGAGAUCCUUAAAUCGACCCACCGACACCAUAUUGUGGAGUUGACAAGGUGUCCAAAUCGACCUACCUAUUCUUUUCUCCGACUCGCCAUGUAUUCAAAGAAGACGAUCGAAUUUAGACAGGCAGCCGGCACAAUAGAUCCAGCUGAAGUUGUCAGCCGGGCGAGGAUAGCGGUAAGGCUUUGUGAAUUUGCAGCGAAUGCUACCCAAGAAGAUCUGUACACGAUGUUCUAUGACUUCGCUUUAGUAGAAGCAGACCCUGCUUGGAUUGAUUUCUAUGAUCUAUUCGUAGAUCUCGGUCUUCGUCCCGAGGCGAGGGUUAUACAUGCUGUUUUGACGGGGACGAUGGACCAGUCUGUUCGGGACAGAUACUUCGCGCAGCGUGAAUCGUACUAA